GAAAGACAUUUCAAAUUGGCCCUUGUAUCCUUUAAUUUUUCAGAAAGUGGGGCUCAGAGAAAAAAGCUGGACAACACUGUCUUACAGCAGCAAUUCAAGUUUUUACCAUUUUUAAUCUCAUUCUGAUCUCCUUAAUGCUGUGUCAUUGUUAGCAUGUUAGCUCAAAUGUUUCCAUGUAUGCUAACUAUGCGAGGAGGUGUCAGGUGACAAACAGUCCGUGGCUACAAAUAGCACGAUGACUAAGGCACGGUCACGCACAGUGUGAGUGUGCCACUUUGAAGAGCAGCAAAACUUUGGAGGUAAGAGUUUGGAAUCUUUUUUUGUCCCUCCUGAUCUCCGAUUUGUUUUUCCACUCUUGGAUAUUCUCUUCCUGUUUUUCCGGCUUACCCACUUCGUUCUCCUCCGCUCUUUGUUUUUCCCCCCGUUAUUGACCAUCAGGUUUAGCGUCGUCGAGAUGAAGUGCGGCACAUCCGGUUUUUGUGACGUUUCGUCGUUGUUAGGCGUUUGGGAAUCUCGCGUCAAGAAACAUCGGCAACGUCAGAAGAAGGAACAGGAAAGGAAGGAGAGGAGCGCCCUUGCCAGGAUUGAACAACAGUGGCAUUAUCGCCUCUACUGCAAGACGCUCACCACACAACAGCGCAACCUACUCAACAGCUACCUGCAAAACACACACUCAGCUGAGCUGAAAGUUACGGGAGAAGGUCAACGAGUGGAAGUUUUGGCCAGGCGGGACGAGGACGCUGACGAGGACGCCUUGUUGUUCCGUCUGUCGGGUGAGCAGUGGAAGGAUUUCCCGAAGGAUCUCGAGUGGAAGACAUUUUUGCUCGAGUGGCACGUGAGCGACACUAAAAUCCAGAAGCUUCCGGACUACUUGGCAUCCUUUAGCCUCCUGAGGGUUUUGGACCUCCCCAAGAACGAACUGUGCGAGCUUCCCCCCGGCAUCGGCCAACUUGGCGAGUUGCGGCAACUGAACGUCAGCUACAACCGACUGUCCCGCGUUCCCGCCGAACUCGGGAUGUGCGAGAACCUGGAACGGCUGGAACUCUGCGGAAAUCGUCACCUCUCCGAGCUACCUUUUGAGCUGAGCUCUCUGAAACGUUUGGUCCACCUGGACAUAGCGGAGAACGGGUUUUUGUCCAUCCCCGUGUGCACUCUGAGGAUGAGCGCUCUGCAGCUUCUCGAUCUCAGCGACAACCGACUCGGUGACCUGCCGCAGGACAUGGACAGGUCGCUCACCUCUCUGUGUGUUAGCCACCCAGCCAAAGUGUUUGAAUUUCAGUACUUAUUUAGGUUGUGCGAGCUGGUGACACUGUUCUUACACAAGAACCGUCUUUCGUAUCUUCCUCACUGCCUCACCAACAUCGCCACGUUGAGGAUGAUCGUCGUCAGCGGCGCCGAGCUCGUUUGUAUACCCACGCAACUCUGCAGCAACCCCAGGAUCAAGUUCAUCCGCCUGUAUGACCGUCCGACCAGCGACAAAAAAAAGAAGAAAAGGAAUUGGAGAACGAGAAGACAGGAAGUUGAAGAGGACAGCAGCGGCGAAGAAGAGGAGCAGAUGAAAGACAGCCGAGAGAAAGAGUUCAUGGACGCUUAUGUCAGCAUGCUGAAGGACAGAGAUGACGUGCCCUACUCUACCACCAAAGUGACUAUUUCCUGUAUGCUCUAACCCGGCCCACCAGGAAGCAAAAUUACUAGCAAGAUUGUGUUUGGUCAUGUCAUCCCACCAAAACAAUUAUACAUCUUUUUUUUUUUAAUGGAUAUUGUAGAUGAAAUGGCUUCAGGAAUUUGUUCUAUUUCGAAUUUAUUGAAAGACAAACCUCAAUCCACAAUGUGAUUUUCAGUUUGCUGCUGAAAAUGUUGUUUGUAAAUGAGUGCUAAUAGUAUACAUUCAAACGUUUAUGUUCCAAUUUGCUAAUAUGUUUUGAAAAAUAAAAAUCCUAUUCAAUGGGAAAAAACAAAAAACAAAAACUGAUUUCUCGAAGUAACACAUUUUAGAGCUGUAAUAGUGAAAGAGAUAGCAUCUUUUCUCAUAGUCACCGUCUAACUGUGCAUUAUUCUAACACAUUUAAUAUAAUUAAUCAGGGAAUAGUAUUGUUUCUCGUAAUUACUGUUUGACUAUUACGCUAACACACCUAAUAUAAAAUAAAUAGCUCUUAUCUCAUAGUUUAAGGAAAACAAGCAGAAUAUAGGGCAUAAGAGAUACAUGACGCCUUCUUAUCGAGGAAGCCCAAUGUGUGCGUCAUGCAACUGACUGAGCAAGAUUGACGCUGACAAGCCCACAUCUGCACCACCAACUCCCGCAAUCAGUUAUCCCGGACAGUCCAGAACAAAUGGCUGGAUGCCCUUUCCCAACUCAAGGAACACCGGAGAGCGCCCGAUAUCCAACUGAUAACACGACUGACUCCAAGAGCCCCUUUGAUGCUGAGGUGGCAAAAUUCACAACCCUCGUUGCCCUCACAAAAUAACUCCCGAAUCCUUCUGUCCAAUCCACAAACAGACAAUAAUCCUAAACAACGCCCAAACACACCCUUCUUCCUGCCCACAGCCUGCCCCGCGAGAGCCUUCAAAAAGACAAUGUUUAAUCGUUGUCAUUUUUUCUCGGGAACCUUUUGUUUACUUGUGAUAUGGUGACUCUGAAUCCUCGCCACGGUCCCUCUGUGCUGUAUGAUCGCUGUCGACCUGAAUAAAUUGUCAACUUGUGCUUCGAAGCCUUUUUCCAGCAUUCAAAAUGAAGUCAGUACAAUUGGUUACGACUGAACGCGCAGAGAUUGACCUCUCGGCUGGGUUGUCGGGGUCUCGCCGGCCAGGGUCACUGGAGCUGCGCAAGCACGGGUCCGACGGUCAGUCUGGCUAAAGGGUCAGAUUCCUUCAAACCCAACUGAGAUGCCAUGGCAUAACCUGAAGACGGUGAUUGCCGCCAGACAUCCCAGGGAUCUGACUGAACUACUGCAGUUUUGUAAAGAAUGGGCCAAGAUGAGUCCUGAUCGAUGUGCCAGACUGAUCUGCAGCUACAGGAAGCGUCUGGUUGAAGUUAUUGCAGCCAAAAGGUGGGCCACAAAAUAUUAAAUAUGAUAGUUCACUUAUUCUUCCCCCUUCUGUCGUUGUUUUCAUACUAUCCUCAUUAAAAUCUGAAAACCUAUAAAUGUUUGGGUGGUUUUA